AUAAAUCAAAUAAAAUAUAAGAUCCCAUCCCCAAAAUAAAACCGAAAAUGACGAAACAGAACGAUGGGCUUUUCCUCUUAGAGGUCCUUAUUGAUAAAAUAAUUUUCAUUAAAAGUCCCUGUUUUUCUGAUAAGGAUUUUAGGACGUGUAUUAAUAUCAAAUGUCCGGGUGUUGAACCACUAGAGAUCUGUGACGACGAACCAGGAGUUUGCUUAGUGAAGAAUACCGGCCCAUUUAUCAAAUCCUUUAACAAUGGGAAAUCAUGCCUUUUUUCUUUAAAUGAAUCUGAAAUCACUACUGCUAUGACUAAAUAUCCUAUAAAUGUUUGUGUGUACAAGUCUCUACCGUGUGGAUGUUUGCCGACAAAAAUAAUAAUGGGGGAAUGUGAAAUUGAUAUGACAAAAGAAUUUGUUGAAGCACGCAAAACUUUUUUGGAAGAUCCAACCACUGUCAGCUACCAAGCUCUUAAAGAUUCAUUUCGAAUCGUUGGACCUGAUGGUUCUGAGACCGGAGAAAUCGUAAUGUUUUUACGUAUAUCCUGUUUUGGAAAAUUAAUUAUUACUAGAUUUCAGGGCCCGGGUGGCCCACCAAAUUUAGCAGCCGGUAAAAAUUCAGCAAUCGUAGACAGAUCAUGCACUCCUACAAGAGAAUUCCAAAGCAUCCAAGAUCCAUGCGCGUGCGGAGCAGCACGAGGCAAUUUUAAUAGUGGAGUUGCAGGUAGCGCAGGACCACCCUGUAAUGUUGGUGGAGGAAGUGGUGUAUGCCCACCAGCUAAAGACCCUUAUAACAGUAUGCCCUGUAUGGACCUUGACGACCCUUGUUACUGUUCUGGCCCUAAACCACAACCAAAACAACCGAUGGUUUGCAGAAAUACUGAUCAAUAUUGUUUACACGUACCUAAAGGUAAUCUACAAAACAUGCUGGAACAGACAAAGGAAGUCGGAGAGUUUUCAUCGAGGAAAAUAAAACAUAUCAUUUAUGAUUUCCAAGUUUUCAGUAAACAAUCUUUUUCAUCAGACUCGACAAAUAAUGCUUCGGUGAAAACUAAAAUAUCUGAAACGCACACUGAUAUAUUUUUUAACAACGUUAAAAGUACUUGGAAAUCUUGGGGUUCUUUAAAGGAUCUAAAGGAGACUGCCUUUUUUGGAGUAAAAGACACGUCUGUUUACAUGUCUCUUUCUCAUAAUUAUGGCCGUCUUCAAACAUUAGGUACACAAGCUACCGCUUCCAUUAAUAAAUCUUUUCAAGUUUCUGAGGAAUGGAACACAUCAUUUAAAAGCGAGACUGAGACUACUUCAAAUUACUGUUCAACCUGCUCAUUAUCGACUGUUCCUUUUCGUAAAUAUAGAGAUCGAGUAUCUGGAAAUUUACUUCAUCCUGAAAUUUAUUUUUUUGGAAAGAAGAAAGAACGCUCUGAUAAAACGGGGAUGGGAUCAAAGGAAUCCUACGCAAAACUACAUAAAACAAGUCAGACUUCAGGUACUGCUGUAAAGAGUGGUUCAAAAUCAAGUGUUCAAUCCAGUUCAAAUACUAGUAUUAAAAGGCGUAAUAGUUCUGCCGUAAAGUCUAAUUUCACACCAAAAACUUCAAAAGGAGCAACAACCGCUUCUGGUAAUUCUAAGUCCGUUACAAUAAAAGACGAAAAAUCACAAAAACCUUGUCCAGCAUUGGGAGGAACUACAAAGGGGGAUAUGACGGCUACUGUUUCGCAUAUAAAAAUUGGGCCUAAAGAAACAUGUCCCGUGCAUGGAAAUGAUCCUUGUCAAGGUCCUAAGUGUGUAUUGGCCUCUUCGGGAAAAGAACAGGGAUUAGUGAAGGUUACUAAUAUAAAUAACCCUAGGAAAGGUGUCUUUGAAAUCGUUAUUCGAAAACUUACAGGGGCACCUUUAGCAAAAAAUGAAUUAAUGCUAGAAUGGACGCCGCCGCCGUCUCGUACAGCGCCGUGUAAUGUGCCUUGUCCAAUAUCUUAUAUCCCAUCUCGAUCUUGUCGCCAUUCAAAAUGCAAAUUAAUAGUAUGCCGACCUUCACCCUGUAGACCUAAAUGCUCCAGAAAAAAGCCAUGUGGACAGACAAGUUGUCGAAUACUUCCAUGUAAAAGUUGUUGCAAAUCUACAUGCUGUGGGAGCCCGUGUCGCCCGUGUAAGCCAUGUCCUCCACAACCACCAUCGUGCUGUCCAGUCUCACCGUGUAGUCAAUGCGUUCAACCUUGUAAGACGCCUUGUGCUAUACCUUGCAAAAGUUCACCAUGCUUGAAACCUUGCCCGAUUGGGCGUAAACGUCCCCGGAAAUCACGAAGUCAGCCAAAGAUUAAAUCUCAUCGCAAGAAACUUUCUCCCUGUUAUAAUCGUGCAAAGGCCUGUCCUGUUGUUCGAUGUCGCAGUAUACCUGGGCCGUGUACUAUGUACUGUGGUAUUCCUCCAUUUUGCUUACCACGAAGCUGCAGUAAAGCUCUUCCCUGUAAAUUCCCGAGUCUAGAAUGUUCUUUGAAGAGCUGUUCUUCCUGUUGUGGCUAAAUAUAAAAAAUAAAUAGAUUUUC